AUGGGUUACUACGACGAGGACGGUCACUACCACUCUUUCCGCUCCGGCCUUCACAAGCUGGGCGACCGCAUCGCCCACCCCGGACGCCGUGAGGUCGAGUGCGAGGCCCCCCGCCCCCGUCCCGGUGACUCUGCCGAGGCUUACCUCCCCAACACCGUGACCAUCCCCUGCCACCACGUCCGCCUGGGCGACUUCCUCGUCCUCCAGGGCCGCCCCUGCCAGGUCAUCCGCAUCUCCACCUCCUCUGCCACCGGCCAGUACCGCUACCUUGGUGUCGACCUCUUCACCAAGCAGCUCCACGAGGAGUCCUCUUUCGUCUCCAACCCCGCCCCCAGCGUUGUCGUCCAGACCAUGCUCGGCCCUGUCUUCAAGCAGUACCGUGUCCUCGACAUGCAGGAGGGCCAGAUCGUCGCCAUGACCGAGACCGGCGACGUCAAGCAGGGUCUCCCCGUCAUUGACCAGUCCAACCUCUACGCCCGUCUCAGCCAGGCUUUCGAGUCCGGCCGCGGCUCCGUCCGUGUCCUCGUCCUCAACGACGGUGGCCGCGAGCUCGCUGUCGACAUGAAGGUCAUCCACGGCUCCCGCCUGUAA